AUGAUUACUACAACUUCUGAAGAAACUUCCUCAUCUUCUUCUGAAGAAGAAGAGGAGACUGAGGAAAUUCUGAAUUCUGAUGAGAUUUCGAAGCAUCAUCCGACGGAUUCGGAUCUGCUUCGCGCAUUUUUGGACGAGGAUUUCAAUUCGGCGCAUUAUGAUAGUGUUUGGCAGGUUUGGAUGGGUAGAAACUACGUAGCUCCGCGUUUACGCGGUGAAAAUGAUGCAAUUUUGAUUCAAAAACAUCUUAUGUUUGUGUAAACUACGAAGCUCCGCGUUUACGCGGUGAAAAUGAUGCAAUUUUGAUUCAAAAACAUCUUAUGUUUGUGUAAACUACGAAGCUCCGCGUUUACGCGGUGAAAAUGAUGCAAUUUUGAUUCAAAAACAUCUUAUGUUUGUGUAAACUACGAAGCUCCGCGUUUACGCGUUGAAAAUGAUGCAAUUUUUAUUUAAAAACAUCAAGCAUAGGGUUUUCUUUGUGUAAACUACGAAGCUCCGCGUUUACGCGGUUAAAAUGAUGCAAUUUUGAUUCAAAAACAUCAAGCAUAGUCUUUUGUUUGUGUAAACUACGAAGCUCCGCGUUUACGCGGUGAAAAUCUUGAAAAUUUGAAUCAAAAACAUCAAGCACAGUCUUUUGUUUGUGUAAACUACGAAGCUUUCAGAGCUUCAGAAUGUGUGUGCGAAGGUUUUCUAGCUACGAUACUCCGCUUUUACGCGGUAAUAUUGAGCAUUUUCUAGGGUGUAAAUGCGGAGUAUCGUUGUAAAUCUGAAUUUUUGCAGUGUCUUCAACACAAUAAACGAGCCAUCGCCGUCAAUGGAUUCAUCAUCAUUUUUCUGAUCUUCUACACAACACUCGGCGGUUUCGCAUUUCUCCAUUUCGAAGCCAAUUAUCAACAAUUUUUGAAGCGAAAUGCGACGAAGGAGAAAAUGGCGUGUAUUGAGAUGUUGUUGAAUAGGUGAGCAGAGGUUUCGGAGGGCAAAUGCGCUCUAUUGAACUAUUGAUUUUUCGGAGAAAGUGCGCUCUACGGAAAGCCACGUGGAUUUUCUGAAAUUUCAAAAAAAAAAUUCAAACUUGAAGAAGAAAGUGCGCUCUAUGGAAAGCCACGUGGAUUUUCUCAAUUUUUAAAUUUAAAAAUUUGCAGAGACAAUCGAUUGCGUGAAACGCGCGCCUCCGACAUUGCACACGUAAUUGCGGAGCGUUGUUUGACGGAAAAAGUGAACGAUGAUCGAAUGCAAUGGUCGUUCAAAUCGUCAGCAUUGUAUUCGUUGGGAAUUUUGACGACGCUGGGUAGGUUCUUGAAUUCCAGCUUGACCUUCGGAAGCUUCAGAACUUAUUUAAGAUCCAUCUAGACCUUCAGAACCUGAAUAUCCUGAAAUCAGGAGGUUCUAGAUUGACCUUCGGAAGAUCCAGGAUACCUAGCUUAACCUGAAGAUUGACCCUCGGAAGCUUCUGAUCUUCCAGAUCUUAUCUAGAUGUCUGAGAUCUGAGUUUCCAGCCUGAUCCUUUUUUUUCCUGUUUUUUUCCAAAAAAAAAAAAUAAAAAUUCCAAUGUUUAUACAAUUUGGGAUUAACUUUGUUUUGGUUUUCCCAAAAAAAAAUGCAAAAAUUUUUUUUUGCUCAACUUUUUCUCGUCGAGCGGUCAAAAACAAUCUCUUGGGGCGGCACUGAAAAAUAUUUGAGUGAGUGAGAGCAAAAAGUUUGUAGCCCGAAAAAAAGCUCAAAUUUUCACGUUGAGAAAAAAUAUUCAGGAAGAUCUGAAGCUUCCGAAGGUCAAGCUGGAAGUUCUAGACCUCCUGAUUUUAAAUAUCCAAGUUCGAAAAAUCGAGUUGAACAAUCUAGAGCUUAUCUAGGUUAAGCUAGAGAUCCAAAACCUAGUUAGGGAUCUCAAAUAUAUCCAGGAAGAUCAGAAGCUUCCGAAGAUCAAGCUGGAAGUUCAGGGAGAUCUGAGGGUCAAGCUGGGAAUCCUGAUUUUGGAUAUCCAGGUUCUGAAGGUCUAGAUGGAUCUUCUGAAGGUCUAGAUCGAUCUAAAACCUCCAGAAAAUCUCAAAUUUCUUCCAGGCUACGGUAAAAUCGAGCCGCAAACUAUCAACGGUCGAAUUUUCACAGUGAUCUACGGUUUUGUGGGAAUCCCGCUUACCGUAAUUCUUCUCACAAAUUUCGGACGAUAUCUCGAAGCGAUGGCGACGAGAUUAAGGCGCUGUCUAACUUGCAAGGUACUGUAGGAGGCGCGAAAAAAUCCGAAUUCAAAUUUUCUUCAGAAAAAACGUCACGACGACGAAGAUGACGUGGUUUCCGGUAGCACGUUGCUAUUCAUCGUAGUACUGUAUUUGGUAGGUCAAAAAAUUGCCGCCAAAAAAUUCAAAUUCAAAUUUUUUUUUGAAUUUCAGGGAGUUGGCGCCAUAAUUAUUCCACUAAUGGGCGGUCAAUUCGAUUUUUUCAACGGAAUUUAUUAUGCGUUCAUUUGUUUGACUGCGAUUGAGUAUGGAGAUAUUGUGCCGCAAAAGUGAGUGUUGGUGGCCUAGAAAACCAAGAUUCUAUUCUGGAUUUCUAGGCCAUGGGGUAGAUUUUGAGCUGAAAUAUCAGGAUUUGGGUUUUUCUCUAGAAUCUCUCAAAAUACAUAGUCUCUAGGAUGUGGCCUAGAAAACCAAGAUUUCGGAUUUCUAGGCCACGGGGUAGAUUUUGAGAUGAAAUAUCAAAGGAUUUAGGAUUUUCUCUAGAAUCUCUAAAAAUACAUAGUCUCUAUCACGUGGCCUAGAAAACCAAGUGUUGGAUUUCUAGGCCACGAAAACCAAAUUUUGGAUUUCUAGGCCACGGGGUAGAUUUUGAGCUAUAACAUCAGGAUUUAGGAUUUUCUCUAGAAUCUCUCAAAAUACCGUGUUCAUAUAAUGUGGCCUAGAAAACCAAGAUUUUGGAUUUCUAGGCCACGGGGCUGAUUUUGAGCUGAAAUAUCAAAGGAUUUAGGAUUUUCUCUAGAAUCUCUCAAAUUACCGUGUUCUUAUAAUAUGGCCUAGAAAACCGAGAUGUUGGAUUUCUAGGCCACGGGUAGAUUUUUUGAGCUGAAUUAUCAGAUGAUUCAAAAUUUUAAGUUUUUCUCUAAAAAUACCGUGUUCUUAUAAUGUGGCCUAGAAAACCAAGAUUUUUGGAUUUCUAGGCCACGAAAAACCAGGAUUUUGGAUUUCUAGGCCACGAAAACCAAUUUUUGGAUUUCUAGGCCACGAAAAAGCAUUGCUCAUAUUAAACUCUGAAAUUCAGAAAAAUUCAAAUUUUUUCAGGAAAUCCAAGCAUUGCUCAUUUUAAACUCUGAAAUUUAGAAAAAUUCAAAUUUUUUUUCCGGUGUCAAAGCGGAGUCUCGUAGUUUAAAAAGCGACCAAAAUUGCCACGUCAUAGCUCACAAAUAUCUUUCGAAACUACGACACUCCGCUUUGACAAGGGCAGACUCCGCGUUUCGUUUUUUUGCUUGUAACUACGACACUCCACGUUGACACCCCUCAAUUAAUUUCCAGCAAUUGGUUCGUGCCGAUCAGUGUUUUCUACAUGUGCACAGGUUUGGCGAUUUCCACAAUUGCACUUGACAUCGGAUCAAUCUACGUGCGAAAAUUGCACUUUAUCGGAAAAAAGAUCAAGAAUAUUGCGAAUAUUCGAAUUUGGUUUGGCGCCAGAAAGUGAGUCGUGUAAACGCGGAGCAUCGUUGUUUCUUCUUCAUUUACACUUUGAAACGUAAAAAUCCCAGAUCCUUCCAGCUAGGAUUUCAGAUAAACAACGAUGCUCCGCGUUUACACUGAUCUUUUCAGCUUGGAAGUUCGAGAGCUGAUCACAGCCGUCGGUCAAAACAUCGGUAUCGAUCAGAAUGUGAUAGCCGACAUUGAUAUCGAUACAUUGGUCAAGACUGCGAUUCAAGUGAAAUUGGGAAGAUUGUCACGAGUUCCGCAAACUCAUAUGAUUGUUGAGGGAAUUUGGCCGCCUGAAUUGGUUCCGUUGUUUAUGAAGGUAGGCGUGGAAUUGCGGAGCAUCGUUGUAGUUUCCCUUUUCAGGACGGACAAUUCCCACUGUUCGUCGAUUCGGAAGAUGAUCUUCGAGAUCUCAAACAACCACCGCCACCCAAAAAGUUCUCGGUUCGAUUUGAAGAUGAAGAUGAAUAUUCGGAUGAUCGAGAAGAUCAGCAGAAACAUCAAGAUGAUGAUGAGAUCGAUGAAUGUCCGACAGAAUCCGAAAUGGUCACAAAUUCCCGAAUUUCCAGCUGCAAGGAGGAGGAUUUUUAA